CUGUAUGAAUAGUGUGACUGUGAGCAGGAGGCAGUCAGGGAACAAUCAGCAGUACUGCCUGCUCUUUUCUGCUUUGCUCUGCUCUGCUUUGCUUAGCUGCAUUCUCACAACAGAUCUGGGGCAAGAGGGCAGCAGGCCAUGCAUAAACACACAAAGAGACAAGGGGAGAUAAUGUUGCACAGCUACUAUUAGGAACUGAAGAGCUGUAGCUGUCCAUGUCUUCACUGCCAGGCAGCCUCUGUCUUUGCUAACAGAGAGCACUUGUGGACUUGUCUUACUUCUGUAAUAGGUUCCUUGUUUAUUUUUAUUCGUCUCAACUCUUUCUCUAAACAUGGGGUGCUCUUCAUCCAGCGCACAGACUGUCGAUCAAGAGAAAAGACCAGGUACAAAGCCAGAGGAGAGCAAUGGAGAUACAGUGGCAGUCAAAAACGGCAUCAUCGCAGAAGAUGCACAAACCAUCGAGGACCAGAUGCAGUUGCCUGUGCAGACUGCCUUACCAGACGAUCUUCAACCGGGUGCCGAUGACGAGGCGGAGGCUGUGUUAAUAGCCUUGGAGGCCCAGGAGGAUCUUGGCUCUGGGGAGGACCUCCUGGCUGCUCCUGAGCCACAGCAAGAACCUGUCACCCCUGCAGAACCAGCUCCAGAGGUUGCUGCUCCAACUGAAGCCAUUACUGAACCUGAGGCUGCUGUAGCUGUGGUGGAGGCACUCCCCCCUGUGGAGGAAGCUGCCCCUGUAGAAACUGUAGUGGCUGAGGCUGCCCCCGAGGUCAAAGCCCUUGUUGAGGCUACAGAGGAAGCCCCUGCUGCUGAAUCUGUUGUGGCUGUGCAGGCAGAGGCCCCUGCUGUUGUUGAGGAGACGACCGCUGUGCCAGUUGAGGCCUCUCCUGAAGUUGCCACCCCUGAUGUUGAACCUGUUGUAUCUGAGCCAGCAGAGGCCCCAGUGGUUGUGGAAGAGGCAGCAGCUGUAGUGGCUGAGGCCCCUGUGGAAGUGGCUGCUCCUGUGGAGGCAGAGGCUCCAACUAACAAUGCUGCACCAGUUACUUCCUCAGUAGCACCAUGUGAAUCCUCAGAACCAGGUGAAGCACCAGCACCAGCACCAAGUGAGGCCCCAAGUGAAGCUGCAGUACCAAAUGAGGCUUCAGCACCAGCACCAAAUGAGGCUUCAGCACCAGAACCAACACCAAGUGAGGCUGCAGAACCAACACCAAGUGAGGCUGCAGCACCGGUACCAAGUGAGGCUGCAGCACCGGUACCAAGUGAGGCUGCAGCACCAGUACCAAGUGAGCCUGCGGCUGCAGCACCAGUACCAAGUGAGGCUGCAGCACCAGUUCCAAGUGAGCCUGUGGCUGCAGUACCAGCACCAAGUGAGGCUGCAGCACCAUCACCAGGUGAAGGUGUAGUACCAGAUGUGGCUUCAGCACCUGCAGAGACAGCAGAGCCUGUAAUAGAUACAGAGAUUGCUGUAGCAACUAUUCCAGAGAUGCCUCCAUUAUCUCCAGCCAAAGCUGUUGAAGAGGCAACGGUGCCUCCAGCGGCCCCUGCUGAGACUGCUGCACCAGUGGAGACACCAUGCCCCCCUACUCCAGCACCAGAGGCUGAAUCUGCUGCUGCUGAGCCGGUCCAGGAGGCAGUGGUUCCAGCAUCUACACCAGCGGUGUCUUUAGAAGCAGCCCCUGAAGCUCCAGCAGCAGCCGUCAUCUCAGAGCCUGCUAUGGACAUUGCAGCCCCAGCAGAGGCUCCUGUGGUUGAGUCCACCCCAGCACCUGCCCCUGAGCCCUCACCUGAAGUAGUGUCGGCAACUGAGGCCUCUCAGGAUACGGAGAGUGAGAAAGCCAUAAAGGAGGACUGAACUGAGAGAAGAUAUUCACCAAAAUAACAAAAAAAACCCAAAGCUACCAUUGUAAGGCAACUGGAAGAAGACAAACACUACAUUUUCAGUAUUGUCGUCAGCGCUCACCAAACUGUACACCACAUACAUUAAUAUGCAUGGUGCCUUAAUAACAUGUCAUUUAGGAAAUAUCAGGAUUUUUCCUAAAUUUGUAAAUAUAAACAACGUUUUUCUACUGAGACCUCACGUGCCUCGAGCCACAUACUCUACAUGCAGGCAUACGCAAAGAAACUGAAAUAAAAACACUUAGAACAGGUUAGAUUAGACAGGAGGGUGCAAUAUUCUGUGAAAUCUGUGAACUCUUGUGGCAGUGUGAUGAACUAGGGAAGGAUGCUUGCAAAGUAAAUCCUUGACUAUUUAAAAUAGCUGCUUCUGAGGAAUACAAGCCAAACACAACUGUGAAUAAGAUUAUGCAAAGAGCUUGAGGUGACAGAAACAAACACCUUCACUGAUUGAAUUUGAGGUUUUAUGAAGUGUAAAUUCUGCCAUUAAAAAAACACAUUUUGUUGGUGUUUACACAUUGUUUAAUUGCAGCCUUUCUAAUAAGGUUCAUUUAAUUAAUAGGAAUGAUAGUACUAAAUGAGUAACAGAGUGUACAGUGUAAUACUGAUAAGCACUACUGUCAAAUCCAUGUUUCCUUUUUAAAAAAGUCUUCAAUAUCACUUUAUUGGUUUCAAUGGAAAAAAAUCAUGAAUAAAAUGUGUUUUUGUUUUGUGUAAGGAAGAAAAAUUAUAUGCAAAAGAUGAGUAAUGACAUAAUGAAUCAUUGCCAGGUUGAGGAUGAAGAUGAUCCAAGUACUGAUAUGUCAUCUUGCAGAUGUUCAUAACACGCUCUCUCAGAAAUGCAUUUCCAACUAUAAAUGUAAGGGCAUCACAAAGGCCUGACAAACAUCUUAUGCACAAUGGUUUUGGUUUGAGUGCAUUACAUACAUGUGUAGCACAGUAAGAAAUCACCUAGUGGACAUGAUUUUUAAAUUAUCAUUAGUUCUAUAUGUUGUCUUAAAGUAUCUUAGAAAAUAAUUUCAACUAUGUAAGAUCUGAUUGAUGGAUGUUGUGGGAACAACAAUUUGUUUUGAUGUCUGAUAUCUUUUUCCAUCUGUGUCUUUCUCUGUAAUAUAUUCAUUUUCUAAGCUUUGUCUGAUUCUGCUAACCUAGUGUACAGAAUAAAGUUUUACUCACUAAUAA